AUGUAUAUCGAGACCAAGUUACAACUUGCCGACUUCCUAACGAAGCCAAUAUCGACGAAGCAGUUCGAACUUAUGUUAGACAGGUUCAACAUCCGGAACUCCCCGUCGAGGGGGAGUGUUGAAGUCAGCAAACUUUCACUACGCUCCAGGAUGGAAGAGAUUGGUCUUUUUUCGCAAGAUUUUUUGGCUGUUGGCGAAAGUGCACAAACAAUUCCUUCAGAAGCGCGAAUCAUGUAG